CUUUGUUCUGUUCACUUAUUGCUAAUAGCAUGCCGGUAGAUAAGUGCCCCGCACACGUCCAAGGCUGCUCCUGAUCCCAAUGAGACACAAGAGUCAUGUUCAGUGUUGCAGGCACGCAGAGGACCACGACGGGCCCUCUGCUUUGAAAAACGUGCGGAAAAUAGAUAAGGUCUCCGUACAAAGCCGGAAUGCAUUUGUUGAUUUGCGGGGAUUUGUGAGAGCAGCAGCUGUCCCGACGGACACGGCAGAGCAAAACGGCAUUGUGGGAACGAUGGAUGCCGUCUCUUUCUGUUUUUUGUUGUUUCUCUGAACACUUGCAGCCACGUACUGUAUGUACGUCUUCAUCCCCACCUGACUGGACCGUUUGUUUUCCUUUGCCGAUGGAAGUGCAACCAGUGUCCGCUCUCUCUCUCUCUCCCCCCCAGUGGAGGUAAUUCCUUUUUUAAAGCGCUCACACUGUGCCAGGGGUCAGAGGUGCACCCAAACACGGCAUCUAAAGUUCCAACCCGGGCCUUUUAUUCCUCUCUUCAGUCACAGCGGUCAAUUCCUGACUCGGCACAUUUGCUUCCACGUAACCCAGCUUAUUAUUGAAAGCGUCACGUAGCCAUAACAAAACUUUGUUUUAACGAUAGCGGGGGAGCUUCACCAGGAAGGUGUUGGAUUGUGAAACGACGGACAUGAAAGAGCAAGUGCUCGCGUGUUGUGACGUUCUCAUGGAGCGUACGGGGCCGUGUGUGAGCGGGAGGCGGCAGUCUAAAGAGAUCCGGAGUGUGGAGACGUGCCCCUGCUGACUCCGGGAAGUAAAGAGAUGAUGUCACAGGCCCUGAAGGCCACCUUCAGCGGCUUCACGAAGGAACAGCAGCGGCUGGGCAUUCCCAAAGAUCCCAGACAGUGGACGGAGAACCACGUGGCCGCGUGGCUAACGUGGACGGUGAACGAGUUCAGUCUUAAGAAUGUCGACUUUGACAAGUUCUGCAUCAACGGAGCCAGCCUGUGUGCGAUGGGCAAGGAGCGUUUCCUGGACCUGGCGCCGGACUUCGUGGGCGACAUCCUUUGGGAACAUCUCGAAAUGCUUCAGAAAGAGGAUGCAAAGCAUUACCCCAUCAAUGGACUGACCUCCAACUUCCAGGAAUCCCGUUAUACCUCAGACUACUUUGUCAGCUACGGUGUUGAGCAUGCUCAAUGUGUCCCUCCUUCUGAAUACUCAGAGCCCGGCUUCAUCACCGAGUCCUACCAGACGCUCCAUCCCAUCAGCUCGGAGGAACUGCUGACGCUCAAGUACGAGAGCGAAUACCCCGCCGCCAUCCUCCGGGACACGCCCCUCAACCCGCUGCAAGGGGACUACUUCACCGUCAAGCAGGAGGUGGUGUCAUCCGACAACAUGUGCGUGGGACGCCUCAGCAGAGGUAAGCUCGGUGGCCAGGACUCCUUCGAGAGCAUCGAGAGCUUCGAGAGCUGCGACCGGCUGACCCAGUCGUGGAGCAGCCAGUCCUCGUUCAGCAGCCUGCAGCGGGUACCGUCGUACGACAGCUUCGACUCGGAAGACUACCCCGCCGCCUUGCACGGCCACAAGCCCAAGGGCACGUUCAAAGACUACGUGAGGGAGCGCUCGGACCUCAGCAAGGACAAACCCGUCAUCCCAGCGGCAGCGCUGGCAGGCUACACCGGCAGCGGCCCCAUCCAGCUGUGGCAGUUUCUCCUGGAGCUUCUGACCGACAAGUCGUGCCAGUCCUUCAUCAGCUGGACAGGCGACGGCUGGGAGUUCAAGCUUUCUGACCCAGAUGAGGUUGCUCGGAGGUGGGGCAAGAGGAAAAACAAGCCCAAGAUGAACUACGAGAAGCUGAGCCGCGGACUACGCUACUACUACGACAAGAACAUCAUCCACAAGACAUCGGGGAAGCGCUACGUGUACCGCUUCGUCUGUGACUUAAAAAGCCUGCUGGGCUACACUCCCGAGGAGCUGCACGCCAUGUUGGACGUAAAGCCCGAUACGGACGAGUGAGAGCGGGGACCGAGGCGGGACGUGAAGACGAAGGUUUAGCAGACAUGGACCGGGGCUCAUGAAGUGGUCUUAACUAUUUUGAUAGUCGGUUAACCGUUUUUCUUGUGUGGUUUUUUUGGGCGGGGGGGGGGGGGGGGGGGGGACCAAAAACAUGUUUUUAAUGACUUAACUUCGGUCUUUGUCAAUUUCAAGUUCCUGUCUCUCAGACGGUGUUUAGAAAAAAAGAGCGGAAAAAAAAACAGAGGGCACAAAGCCAGACGCCUGUAUUCAUACCCUGUUGCAUUCGAGAUGUCUGAGUGUGUGUGUGAGGGUGUGUGUGUGUGUGGUCAUGUACCUGUAUUAUUUAGCAGCUCAAGGCAGACGGAGCACUAUCGGGUGGAGUUCAGCCUCCGUUGGCCUCAGUAGCACAGCGGGGAGACGGGAGGAGACAGAAACCCCCAGAGAGCCGAGACAGAAAAUAAUAGAUUAAUUUAAUUGUCGGGGAGGAAGAGCUGGCGGAAGGUUACCGCGAAGAGAGAGAGAGAGAGAAAAGAAAGAAGGGUUGCCUAGAAUUUU